UCCAGAGUCUGCAGUGCCUGAUCGCGCCAACCCGAAAGAUCCAUAAGAUGCAGUGGUAAACUCUCAGCUUCCAUAGGGAGGAGAAAAGGGGACUGGACUGCAUGAAAGUUAGGGCAAAACACCUGCAUUGGACAAGGGAGCAAGGGUCAAAUUCUAAGAUAGAUACAGAGGAAGAAAAAAAAAUCACCUUCAGCAGAGCACCAGCUGGUCCCGAGCUUGAAAGCAGCAGAGAGGAGACAGAAGAGGUGCUGAGCAGCAAAAAGGAGCAGAGAAAAGUGACUGGAAUGAUAAGAUGAGGAGCAGGCCUGCUCUGUCCAAGCUGAUUCUUAAUGAGGCCCUCCUGGAGCUCGUGCUCGUGCUCUUGCUCGGGCUUCGCGUCCUGGCCGUGUGCCCCUCCAUGUGCUCCUGCAGCCGUAGCCACAGAGAGGUGGACUGUUUCCGGAAGAGCCUGAGAGAGCUCCCCGAUGGUUUGCAACAUAACAUCCUCUCCCUCAACCUGUCCCACAACCGGCUUCUCCAUCUGGAUGGCAGGCUUACCUCAUACACCCACCUCCGCGUCCUGGAUUUAUCCCACAACAGGCUGAGACGCCUGCCUGAAGCUCUGCCUCGGUCUCUCUGGGAGCUCCACGCCUCCUUCAACCACAUCCAGCUGUUGGACAAGAACGACACGGUCUACCAGUGGAACCUGCGGAUCCUCGACCUCUCCAACAACAAGCUAGAGAGAGUCAUCUUCAUUAAUAACACCCUGACUAAUCUAUGCACGCUCAAUCUCAGCCACAAUCACUUCUGGACCUUGCCAACAAACCUGCCUGCACAUCUGGAGACUGUAGAUCUGUCCCACAACCUGCUUGUAAAGGUGCUGCCGGGUUCUCUCGACCGACUCCCAAGGUUAUCUCACCUCUACCUGCAUGCUAACCGCUUCUCCUCACUACCUUUUGGAGUUUUGGACAAGAUGAAUUCCCUUAGAGUCAUAACUCUAGGAAACAAUCCGUGGGCCUGCCACCUUUAUGCUGAUGUUGACUAUUUACAGUCUUGGACUCAGAGCAGCUCUGUGCUUGUCCUGGGCUGCCCCUGCCACACUCAGCCUGUGUGUGGAGGGACGCACACCAGCAGGACUGGAGGUUGGAACUUGGACUCCUUCGUCCUUCCUCCUCUGGAAGCCGGUACCUUAGAUCUGAGCUCCAUAUCAGCUGAAGAGAGCGUCACCCAGUGGUUCUGGUCUGUUCACGCUCUCCACAGCACGCCCCAAACCCGCAGAGAAGCUCUAAACACACCGCACCAUGCCUUCACAGAAAUGCCUAUCGGCAUUUCCACCUUAACAAUUAAUCACUUGGCUGGAACUGGCAGCCUGGAGACAAUAGAUCAUCUCAUCUCUGGCACAAAGGAAACUUCAGACUCACUCCACACAGCGGACUCAUCCCAUUUUUCUGACAAAAGUCUCAUUACUGACACAUCUAAAGGAAACGGCGUGGAGCCGGCCUCCGAUCGAUUUUUUAUAACAGAGGCCUCCUCCACCCAAACAAAGAGGACAGCAACUCUCCGCACCAGGAGCGUGAGGAGACACAAUCAGUCGCCUUCUGGUGGCAUCAGAAACAGCAGCCCAGCUCUUGCUCCAGCCUGCUCCUUACUCUGGGUCUUUCACAACUUUAGGCUUCUGCCUCUCAUUUGGCCUCAUCUCUUUUGACAUAGGGCAUUAAGAGUUAAGGGAAAAGUGGAAAUUAAAUAAAAAAUGAAUAAAGCACAAGGGAGAUUACAAUGGAACCAUUGUUACAUCUAUAAGAGCCAUGUUUACAUUGAAAAGAUUUCUUAAAACCAUAUUUUUGACGACAUAUAGUUCAAAUUGGUGCCAUCAAAAUGGAUUUAAAGUAGAUGGAACCAGGUAGUUUAUCCCUCGCUUUUACUUCUACUCUUAUUCUUUGUCAUGUUAUUACCGCAAGCUUUAAUGUGUCUCACUAGGACUUCAGCAUACUGCAUACUGCUUAAAAGUGAAGUGAAAAAAGGAUGCGGUUUUCAUAUUUUCCUUGCAAGGAAAAUUUAAACUAGUUUUGCAUGCUUAUGAUUCAGCCCUCUUAAGUCAAAGCCUCACAGGGCCUACUUUCUUAUCAGCUGCAACUACAAGUGCUCUGCUGUGUGUCUCCACAUGCAUUGCAGAUCUAGAAAGCUUUUUUUUUUAGCAGUAGUAUUGCUCAUCUGGAUGAAAUUGGAUUGAAAGCUGAAAAAAUGCAUCCAUACAUACUGUAAUUAUGCUGGCACCAUUGUGCGUUUAUGUACAGUAAGGUACAGUGCAAAGCCUGUAUGCUUUGUCCUUUAUACGACCUUUGGCGACUUUCAGCCGUGCCUUUUGUUUCCUGUAAUCUGUGUGGUGCAAAACUGAUUUGUUUCAGCAGAUUCUCCCACCUGAGCUAUGGAUCCAUGCAGCUCCCCCACAAUUAUAUUGAAAUUCUUGACUCCCUCCCCUCAUAAACACUCUCUGUUUAGGUAGUAUACAGCCAUAUGUACAUAAAUCUACAGUUGAACUAAAUCAUGAUAUUUGAGAUAUUUUAUAACCUAACUUGCACUUAUUUCUAACUUUAUUCCUUAUCUGCCUUUAAGCUCUUUAUUCAAAUCCAGGUGUGAGGCAUUAUGUUUGCAUUCACUGACCUGAAACUUCAUCAUUAACUAUGACUUCAAAGCAACAAACUGGUCUCAUGGCACUGCUAUUAGUGGCUUUGAAAUGUUUUUCUCCUGUGGAUCUAUCAGUUACAUCUCAUUCUAGUCUAAUUUAAGGGUGAAAAUUCCUUAAAUUCUUUCAAUGAACACCAAAAGAGUUUUUGAAAUCUGCUUAUCAUCAGAAUAUAUCUGAAGGUCAACGUGGGUGCUGUGGAAUCUAAAACAGUUUGGAGGGUUUUUUUAUUUUUAGGGGGAGGGAUCUGAACUAACUUUAAUGAUUGAAGUGUCAUUAAACCCAAGCAGAAUAUCACCAGAAAAUUAAUGCGAGCAGACUGAGAGUUUGCGGCCGGUCGGCAUCAGCUUUUCAGCCUCAUUAGCUCCGUUUUUGAUGAAUGCUUCUCAGCCUUUGCAAUUUGACAAAGAUAAAACCCAGAUGACCCCCUCCCCAGCUACAAUUUGUUGUUUUUCUUCCCAACAACCUUCUCUGGAUCACUCUUUACCUUUACACUGUAAAUAACCUCCCCAUUUUUAUGAAGAGUAUGACGUUCUUUGACUUUUAUUACAUGUGGCUAUAAAGAUCGAUUUAAUACUGUAUCUAAAAAAAAUUCAAAUGAAUGUAAUGAAUAAAGCUAAGCACAUGAUGGCACUAUACAUUCAGCAAACAGUUUGCUGUGGAUCUGAGUCCCUUGACUUUCCACCACAGCUGCACAAAGGGGCUGUUUGUUACUUGUGCUCCACAUUGUAUUUUAAGGCUCUUUUUCUUUCUCUCAAGUUACAGAAUUCUUUUUGCAUUGAAAGCUUUUCUGCUUGUUUUGUUGUUGUUUUUUCUUAACAGAAAUCUAUUUCUUUUUUAUUUUUAAAGAUUUAUUAAAUGCAAUGUUUUUUUUUUAAAACAACAAAAAAACAGGGAAGUCCAUAAUUUAUGUUUGCAUGUAUCCUCGGUCUUAUUUCAUCCUUCUGAGGAGGAGCAAUCUUUUCCCCGGGCAGAUGUAUACAUUUGUAAUGACAUGAGUGUAACAGGAAGCAACAGAGACUCUGUCGAGCAGAGGGCAAACAAAUGGGUAAUAUAUCUAAUGAACAGCGAGUGCCGAGCUCCCCUUGCGUAUUUUGAUCACAUCUCAGACUUAAGUGUCCUUCAUGAUUCACUGACGCUCGUGAAAAUCAUCUGCAUGGCGACUGAACGUUCGAGGAAUGCAAACUUCCUGGUGUUUUACUGCAGAGCAUAAAGGCAUAGAGAAAUGCUAAGAUAUUCAAAAGCUCCUGAUUGCAUUAAACAGCUGUGAUCCACCAUGCUGCAGAUUUUUUACAAUUUAGCGUAGCAUUUGCAUAAAGAAGCAUACGUUGCCAAAAUAAUAAGGCAUGCAUCACAACACAGCAGGCUGCAUUUGAUAAAAAUAAGGACAAUUGGUGCCAGGGAAUUAAAAAGUUUGUUGUUUGAAACUUCUUUAAGAUUCUACAAUGUUGAAUAAAGUUUAUGCUUGAAGCAAUCAACA